CUCCCUCUUUAUAAUAUCCUUUCUCUCUCUCUCAAUCAUCAAUCAACCCUUUCGUUUCCCUCUCUCACUCACUUUCUCUCUCUAGAUUCUCUCUCUCUCUCUCUCUCUCUCUCUCUCUAUACGAUGGCUUCCGAUCUUGAAGAGAAAGCCAAAGAAGCCUUUGUUGAAGAUCACUUUGAGUUGGCUGUUGAACUUCUCUCUCAAGCCAUUACUCUUGACCCUCUUAAACCUGAAUUCUACGCUGAUCGUGCUCAAGCCCAUAUCAAACUCAACAACUUCACUGAUGCUGUUGCUGAUGCAAACAAAGCAAUUGAGUUGAAUCCUUCUCUAUCAAAGGCAUAUUUGCGCAAAGGCAAUGCAUGCAUGAAGCUUGAGGAAUAUCAGACUGCCAAGACUGCUUUAGAGACGGGUGCCUCAUUGGCUGCAGACAAAUCAAGAUUUGUUAAGUUGAUCGAAGAAUGUGACGAACUCAUUGCAGAAGAAUCUGAUACCAUACCUACACAGGAAAAGUCCACAACACAGGAUCCGACUUCAAAAGAUGUUCAGCCAGAAGAUCUUUCAGAGGAGCCGAUAGUGGUGGUUGCUAAGCCUAAAUAUAGGCAUGAGUUUUACCAGAAACCUGAAGAAGUGGUUGUAACCAUAUUUGCAAAGGGGGUCUCAAAGGAAAGCAUUACUGUUGACUUUGGUGAACAAAUUCUAAGUGUCAACAUUGAUGUCCCUGGAGAAGAUGCAUACGUUUUUCAAAAUCGCUUGUUUGGAAAGAUCGUACCUUCCAGAUGCCGGUAUGAAGUCUUGACCACCAAAAUUGAAAUUCGUCUUGCUAAAGCUGAAUCUAUUCCCUGGAAGACCCUAGAAUUCAACAAAGAGACCACAAUUGCACCCAAGGCAAUUGCUUCAGUUACUGCCACUCAAAGACCCACUUACCCGUCCUCAAAACCAAAAAGAACAGAUUGGGAUAAGCUUGAAGCUCAAGUUAAGAAAGAGGAGAAAGAUGAAAACCUUGAUGGCGAUGCUGCCCUGAACAAAUUUUUCCGUGAAAUUUAUCAAGAUGCUGAUGAGGAUACAAGAAGAGCCAUGAAAAAGUCAUUUGUGGAGUCGAAUGGAACAGUGCUGUCUACAAACUGGAAGGAAGUGGGAACAAAGAAGGUGGAAGGAAGUCCUCCAGAUGGCAUGGAGUUGAAGAAAUGGGAAUAUUAAUAUCUUUUCUGAAUCAAUGUUAUGUCUACAUUGUGUUUUGGGAUUAUACUUUUGGUUACAUAACUGGCCAACUAUAGAUAUUAUUCAACUUCUCUGUUUUUGUUGAAUUUUCAUAUCAUGUGUCUACAUUGCUUGUUCAGUUUUAUCUUUUUUGGUGAAUACAAUGCACAUUCUGGUUUAAUUCUAUUUCAAGUUUCUAUUUUUCAAUUUAA